AUGUCUUUUGCGCCGGGCGAACUGCCUGCGCAAUUUGCCCAGCACAACCUUAAUAUUGAUCGCAUUGAGGAUGCUGACUCGUGGUCUGCAAAGAGGUAUAACGUCGGUCCUCAAUGCAUAGAACCUGUGUACUUCUUCAACGUAGAGCACGAAUGUACUACACCUUUGUUGCGCUAUAUGAAAUGGGGUGUGACGCCAAAGUGGGCGAGCCAGAAACCACAGAGACUGUCCACGUUCAAUGCGAGGUACGAGAAUAUUGAGCACAGCAAGGUUUGGUCCCGCUGUCUUGAUCAUAGAUGUGUUAUUCCGAUAGAAGGCUAUUUUGAGUGGAAAACCGAGUCCUCAAAAAAUAAGCAACCGUGGUUCAUCCGUCGCAAAGACCAGAAACUGAUGUUUCUUGCUGGUUUGUACUCAGUUACGAGUGACGGCAAAUAUGAAUACACAGUCAUCACGAGGGAAGCCCCUAAACAGCUGGAAUGGUUGCACUCACGCAUGCCAGUCGUUUUGGAACCCGGGACAGAUGAAUUCAACAGUUGGCUGGGACUUGAAGACUCUAAUUGGGCCAAGCUGAGUAAACUGCUUAGGCCGCACGAGAAGGACGACCUUGAGUGGUAUAAGGUGAAGAAAGACGUUGGAAACGUGAAAAAUGACGGAGACGAUCUGGUAAAACCUAUCAAUCAGGAGAGCUUGCAGGGCUUUUUCAAAAAAGAAGACGCAAAGCCUACCAAAUGUGGGGCCGGAGACUCAAUGAAGGAUGAGGGCGAAAAUGAUUUUGCGUCCCAAGAGACUCUCACGCUUUCUCGCAAGGAGGGAGUUAUCAAAAAGGAGGAAAAAGAUAUAGAAGAAUCACCUACGAAGCGACCUCAGAGUUUGAGUUCUGCCACGCCAUCUCCGCGCAAGAAACAGCACACUAUAACAGAUUUUCUUCGGAAAUAA